GCAGCAGUCGAUCAGAGGUUACGUUAAAUUCACAAGCGCCCAAGGCCGCCACUGCCGCCUCCCCGUCUUCGGCGCAAGCGCGAGCCGCUUCUUUGCCGACUCGACUUGGCGAGGCCCUCCGUCGGCGCCGUUCGCCGUGUCGCUAAGAGGCUUGCGGGCAGCGAGAUGAGUUUAGCACGGCCUCCCCUGACUAAUCUGAUUACUGCAGCGAGGCAGCGAUCGGUGUGCGAGUCAGAACAAACAAGCGUCGAAUCAAGCCUCCGCCGCAGCGCAAUGGCGCCAUGUUGAAUGUGCUCAUGCGCUGACUUUGCCUCUGUUUUAAAACGAGGAGUUUCCUCCAUUGUUACACUUGUGGAGAAAAAAAGAGCCUCAGCAGACUAAGAGUGGCCGACCUCAGGUUAUUUUCAGCCAUCACCUCCAGCUCAUGUGGCACUUGAGCUGCAGGUGGCACCGCCAUGCGGGAGAUGCAGAGCUUCAGCUUUGCCGCUGUCUUUCCGAAGUCCAUCAUUUAUGGAUGGAUGGAUUUCCGGUCAUCUCGUAAAGAUGUGCAUUCAUUAUUAUUUUUUUUUUUUCUUGAUGUUCUUGAGAUGUUCUUAUAUGAUGCUAGCCACAAGUUUGAUUAAAAAAAUAAUAAUAACAUAAAAAAAUUGGGGGAUAUCUAAAUGAACAGCACAGUGAUGAUGAUGAUGAUGAUGACGACGACCAUCGCACUGUGUGUGGGAAUCCCGCCCGCGUCCAUCCCAACUUUCACUUGAUCUCCUCGAGACCUCCCCCACGCUCGCUCUUCCCACACUCGGUUGGAUUAAAAGCUAAAGAAGGCUGAGAAGUCACAGCUUGAAUGUCCUCCCCGGUCCGACCCGUUUUCCUCCUACCUGUUUUCUCUUUCCUGCAUAUUUUUUGAAAACUUGCUCUUGUUCUCAUGCAUCAUCUGAGGUUCGGGGAGGGUCCCACUCCCAGGCUGGGAGAGCAACAAGUAACAGGAGGUUUAACAAAUGGAGCUAUGGAGAUGUGAUUGUAUUUUUUCAACAGGAACUUAUAGUCUGCUUGUUUUUUUCCCCUUGAAUCACUUAUGACAUUCGUCACAAUAGCUGGAAAGGAGCUGGCAUUUGGUUGGCAUGCGACAUUGCCGCGGAUCCUCGACAUGAAGAAGCAAUCCAGGCAGUGAUGGCUGGGAGUUUUGUCGACAUCUGUCCACCUUAGGACUUAAGGACCGCUGAGUGCCAAGGGAGCGCCUCCCCUCCAGCCCCCGUCACAGCGCCAAGCCACGCUCACCAUCUCCCUGCGAGGACGGAAUAAAAGCAGCGCGGGGGAAUGGCAAGUCACAGAGACCCUCGUUUCCUGCAUAACCUGUCCUACCACCCUCGAUGGCGGCGCAACACAUUAAAACCCAGGAGAAAAAGACACAUCUGGGCAAACGGUGACGUAGCUAACGGUCUCUUUAAAUCCUGGUCCACAUCAUCAUCAUCAUCAUCAUCAUCAUCAUCAUCAUCAUCAUCAUCAUUGUUAAAACCAAAGUUGCCAUUGUCUCCGGUACAGCGUUAUAAGCGCUGUUGGGCAAGCUGGCUUUUAAUGCCCUUACUCCUGAUCUCAUCCCUACCUUGUCAGGCCUGGGCAACCACUUUCAAGGUGGCCCUGGUUGGACCCUGGACUUGUGACCACUUUUACUCCAAAGCCCUGCCGGACACGGCGGCCCGCCUCGCCACCGCGCGCAUCAACAAGGACCCCCACCUUAACAAAGGCUACUGGUACGACUACACGCUGAUCAACGAGGACUGCAAGUCAUCCCGUGCCAUGGCUCGCUUCGCUGAGCUCGAAGGAUACGGCGCCGCCUUCCUGGGGCCGGCCAACCCGGGAUACUGCUCUUUGGCUGCUUUGUACGCUAAAGAGUGGGACGCUGGAAUUCUCUCCUGGAGUUGCCUGAAACCGAACAUGGAAGAAGGAGGGAUGUAUCCCACUUUCCUACGCCCACAGCCGUUGUCCUCACGUGUCCUUUUCACAGUGCUACGCUACUUUCGGUGGGCCCACGUGGCGAUCAUCUCGGAGGAGAGGGACAUCUGGGAGGCCACUGGAAAUGAGCUGGCUUCUUCUCUGAGGGCUUUGGGCCUGCCCGUCAACCCCGUAGUGACCAUGGAGGCGGGCGAGGGCGGGCCGAGGAAGGCCUUGACAAGAGUACGGGAAUCUGAUCGGGUUCGAGUGAUCAUUAUGUGCAUGCCUUCUGUCCUGGUUGGUGGCCAAGCUCAGUACGAGCUUUUGCUGUCUGCUUUAGCCAUGCGAAUGAUUGACCGCGGCUACGUCUUCAUCCCCUACGACACACUGCUUUACUCUCUUCCGUACAACGACGCGUUCUACUACACCCUCGGCAAUGACACCAGGCUGAGGAAAGCCUACGAUGGGGUGCUCACCAUCACCAUGGACUCUGGAGACCGCAAUUUUUAUCAGGCCUAUAAAGAGGCUCAGGGCAGCUACGAAAUCCGCAGCAGCACCGCAGCAGAGAACGUUUCUCCGUUCUUCGGCUCCAUCUACAACAUGAUGUAUUACGUAGCGAUGGCCGCCGAGCAGGCCCGUGCGAGUAGCGGCCGUUGGGUGACCGGUGAGCUCCUCGCAUCCAGUGAGGGCGGCUUCGAAUUCGAGGGCUUCAACCAGCGCUUGAGGGCGGGUAGGAACGGUGAAGGCAUGCAGGCUCGCUUCGUCGUGCUGGACUACAGCGGCAUGGGCAACUCUCUCUACUCCACUCACGCUCUGGAUGCCGCACACACAGACGGCAGGAUCGGAGGGUUGAAAUAUCUCGGUCGCUCAAUCCAUUUUGCAGGCAGUACCCCUUACACGGAUUCCAGCUGUUGGUUUAGUCCUUAUUUUGCCUGCAGUGGAGGAAUGGAUUCUACUACAAUCUUCUUUUUCCUUCUCUUCGCUUUGGUGGUUGCCGGUACCGUAAACGUCUUCAUUCAUUUCAAGAGGAGCGGCAGAGUGGGCUUUACCUUUGGAGACGGUGGCGCCAGUCCCGCCAAAGUACUCCUGACUCUGGAUGACUUGGUUUUCAUUAACACACAAAUCAGCAAAAGGAAGCUGAACGAUGAAAGCAUCAUGAAAAGUCAGCUGGAUAUGAAGACACCUCACCACUCCGUGUCCGGUCGCAGCUAUUUAGCUUCGACACCAGACAGCUCCAGUGUUGCUGUAUUUGAGGGUGAUUGGGUUUGGUUGAAGAAAGGCCCACCAGGAGCUGUAUCAAGCAUCAAUAGCAGCACAGAGUCAGUCUUCACCAAGGUCAGAGAUAUGAGGCACGAGAAUCUCAAUCUGUUCCUGGGACUGUUCUACGACUCUGGCAUUUUCGGAGUGGUGACGGAACACUGCUCCAGAGGCAGCUUGGAGGACCUGCUCACCAACGAGGACGUACGUCUGGACUGGAUGUUCAAGUCGUCCCUGCUGAUGGAUCUUAUCAGGGGGAUGAAGUACUUGCACAAUCGAGGAAUCGUUCACGGGCGCCUCAAAUCCCGAAACUGUGUGGUGGACGGUCGCUUCGUGCUGAAGGUGACUGAUUAUGGCUUCAAUGAACUUCUCAGCGCCCAGAGCAUCAGCAUGGAGGAAGAAAAGCCCGAGGCUCUGCUCUGGACCGCUCCUGAGCUGCUGCGCAGCGCUUCUCUGAGGAGAAAGGGGACUUUUCCAGGGGACGUCUACAGCUUUUCCAUCAUUGCGCAGGAAGUUAUUUCCCGCUCGGCGCCGUUUUGUAUGCUGGACAUGCCACCCAAGGAGAUUAUCAGCAAGGUCAAAGAGCCGCCUCCUUUGUGUCGGCCCUCCGUGUCCGUGGACGAGGCUCCCCUGGACGUCAUCCAGGUCAUGAAGCAGGCCUGGAGCGAAGAACCCGACAAGAGGCCCACAUUUCAUGAUAUUUUCAAACAGUUUAAAAACAUCACCAAAGGAAAGAAGACCAACAUUAUCGACUCGAUGUUGCGCAUGUUGGAGCAGUACUCCUCCAACUUGGAGGAUCUGAUCCGGGAGAGGACAGAGGAGUUGGAGGUGGAGAGACAAAAGACUGACCAACUGUUGGCUCAGAUGUUGCCCAAGUCUGUGGCCCAGGCGCUGAAGACAGGCAAGCCGGUCAAACCCGAGCACUUCAAAGAGGUCACGCUCUACUUUAGCGACAUCGUGGGCUUCACCACCAUCUCGGCUCUCAGCGAGCCCAUCGAGGUGGUCGACCUGCUGAACGACCUCUACACGCUGUUCGACGCCAUCAUCGGGGUACAUGACGUGUACAAGGUGGAGACUAUCGGAGACGCGUACAUGGUGGCCUCCGGAGUCCCCAACAGGAACGGCAACCGUCAUGCAGCCGAGAUGGCCAACAUGUCUCUUGACAUCCUCCACUGCAUCGGCACCUUCAAGAUGAGACACAUGCCUGAAUUAAAAGUUAGGAUCCGGAUCGGCUUGCACUCCGGCCCGGUCGUCGCAGGAGUCGUGGGCCUCACGAUGCCUCGGUACUGCCUCUUUGGCGACACGGUCAACACAGCAUCUCGAAUGGAGUCCACCGGGUUGUCUUACAGAAUACAUGUCAACCAGAGCACAGUAGACAUCCUGAACGACUUGAAGCUAGGCUACAAAAUUCAAGUUCGAGGUCUGACGGAAUUAAAGGGCAAAGGUGUUGAGAACACGUACUGGUUGGUGGGAAGGGAAGAUUUCAAGAAACCUCUGCCCAUUCCAGCAGACCUUCAAGGCGGAAGCAAUCACGGCAUCGCCUUGGACGAGAUUCCUCCUGACCGAAGACAAAAGUUUCUGGAUCGACAGAAGAAGAUGGGCUAGAGCGCCGCUGGACGCUUUGUUUGUUUUCGAACAAUCCACACCAGAGUAGAUUGUGAAAAGAAGUGCGGCAUUAUCGAAUGGACCUGACAAAAUAUGACAAUAUGUCCUGUUAAGGUCUCAAAUGUGUGCUGCACCUUCAUUUAUAGAAAUGCUGCACAAACUCGUUGCAUAAACGUUUUCCGGUUAUAGUCAGUUUUCCUCACGCUCGAUGCGGUGAAACUUUAGAUCUUUUCAUCAUUGCCACAGGGAGCUUUUAUUUUGAUUUGUAUUGUUUUUUUGGGCGUAAAAGGACUGAAUGACAUAUUUACAUGAAAUGCUCCAAAAGUGACGAUGUCAUCACGACACGUUGAGUAAGGGGCGAUUCUGACCAUCUCCUCAGCAGACCCUUAUUUCAUUUUUAAAAGUCACAUCGCGCCACUUUAGACGCAAAAAAUGACGACUUGUGUGAAGUGUAAUGAUCACACCGGGGCCAAAACGCGAAUCAGAAGACACACACACACACACACACACACACAAAUCACAUUUAAUGACAAUAAAUGUUCUAGUCAUUGCAAUGUAUCUCUUUUAAUGAUGUGUAUCUUUGAUUUUCAACCUUAUAUUCUUAUGAUGUACCCUUGCAAAAAAGACAAAUGUAAAAUAAGGAUUUAAAAUUUCUGAUGAUACUUGGUGCACGCGGGUGCACCUCGGUUGGUCCACAAACAAAAAGGAGCACAAGCAGCAUUCCAGAUCCAGACGGAUUGACAGUGUGGAAUAUGGAUCUUCUUCUUCGAUAGAAAUCCGAACACCUUCUUAUCAUCCACUUGGACUCCUUUUUGCCAAAAGAUACACCUGACCCAACCCAAAUAAAGUGAACUGUGCAGAUUAUUUUGAAUGGAAAUCUUAUUGUGUUUAUGUAAAUAAAUGCUGGCUACUGGGAAAA